UUUGCGUCUCAAAUCAUUUACCAAAUCCAAUCCCCUGUUUCUCAAUUCUCUCAGUUCCCGCCGUCGUGAAAUGGCAAGCCGGUACGAAGUCGAGGUAACCAUAACCUCGGCCAAGGACCUUAAGAACGUCAACUGGCGCCACGGCCGCGUCAAGCCGUACGCCGUCGUCUGGGUCGACCCCAAGUCCAAGUGCACCACCCGCGUCGACGACGAGGGCGACACGUGCCCCUACUGGGACCAGACCCUCGUCGUCCCCCUCAACGCUCCGAUCGAGGACUCCACCCUCUACGUCGACGUCGUCCACGCCGGCAGCCGCGACGAGGACACCAAGCCGCUCAUCGGCUCGGCCCGGCUCCCGCUGGGAGAAGUCGCCGACGACGUCGGCCUCGGCGAGACAGCCAGCCGCAAGCUGGAGCUGAAGCGCCCCUCCGGCCGCCCCCACGGCAAGAUCGAGGUCAAGGUUAACGUGCGCGAUCCCCGCUAUCGUGCGCCGGACUCCCACCACGCCCCGCCGUACGGUGUGCAACAGAGUUCCAGGGAUUACUACGAUGCUCCGGCACCGUACGGUACUCCCUACGCCGCACCUUACCAGGCUGGCCCACCGUCUGGAUACCCGUACGGCCAGCCGGCGUACGGUCAGACCCAGCCGUCUUACGGUCAACCGGCGUACGGACAGGGGAGUUACGGGCAGCCUGCUUACGGGCAGGAGGGGUAUGGUUACGGCCAGCAGAAGGAAGAGAAGAAGAGCAAGUUUGGUGGGAUGGGGACGGGAUUGGCUGUGGGUGCGGUGGGAGGGGUCUUGGGUGGACUGGCGAUAGCGGAGGGGGCUGAUUACUUGGAGGACAAGAUUGCGGAUGACGUGGAGGAGAGGGUGGAGGACGAUCGGGACGAUGGGGGGAACGACGAUGGGGGUUAUGACGGUGAUGACUUCUAGAGCGCGCAAUGUCCGGACACAAUCACAUUCGAAACCGUUCGUUGCGCAUGAAAUGCGUCGAUCAGUUUGGAAUGAAGUUGUGUUCAAAAUUGUGUUUUCAAGUUGCGGUGGUAGCAUUGUUUCUUUUUUCUAAUCGUGCUGCUUUCUUUUUGUUUACUUUUGUUUUGGAUUUGAAUGGUUUCUGUUGUCAUUUUCAAAAAUAAAGAUGAGUCUUUGUUGGUA